AUGGAAAAAGAGCCGCCGGAAGAGCCCUCUGAACACACAGACAAGGCAGCUGCAGACCAUACUGACUUGCUGGAAGAGGACAACUUGACAAACAAGGCUGAAGAAGACACCGAUUACCACACCACUGGUCAUGACAUAACUGAGCAGGCUGUCCCAAAUGCAUCCCACACGGCUGAUUCCAGUACAUACAGCGAACAUGAAGGGAAAGCUUCUGACCUAACCGAGGCCACGGGAUCAACCCUGGAUGACAACGGCAAGAGCAGAGAAUCUGAUAAGGUUUACCAAACAAUCACGGAUGACCAGGAACCUAGUCAAACUGAUAACGUAGAAGAAGAUAAUCUCAAGAUAUCGGGUCAGGCUGACCAAAAAAAUUAUGAUCCGAUUUCCCACAGAUUGCCCAGCCAGGAUGAACCAAGACCUUCUGAUCAGAUGGAAGAAAGUUUCUCUCCUGAGCCUGAAGACACUCGCCACACAUUGUCUGAAGUCUCAGAGGAAAGAACUUCUGUACAGGUUGACCACAGAUUGUCCAGCCCUAGUGAUGAAAGACUCGAGGACCAGACAUCUCACCAAGACACUGAACUAGCUGAGCAGGAAGAUGGCUAUAAUAAAGCCAACGGGGAGAAUCGAGCUGAUGAGCAGUUUGACCACUUAAUGUACAAACAGGAUGGCCAAAUUGAAGAUUACCUGGCUGAUGAUGGAAUCUUUUUCAAUUUUGACUACAAAACAUUGAACCUGUUUGAGGAUAUCAGUCAGAACAAAGAAGCUGACAGAAAAAUAGAGUCCUGCAUAUUUGAAGAGAGGCCCCAAAACCUCAGUAGCUCCAAAGUUUCAGUUGCAAUAGAAACUGAAAGUGAUAGUCUUACCCUUCUUGAAAACUGCAAACCAUUUGACAACAAAUUAAUCAGUUAUCUUCAAGCAAAAGAUGAAACCCUUUCCCAGAUGUCUUCCCUUAUGCCAUCCACUUUGAACAAAAAUCUCUCUGGUCAAAAAGUCUCUGAAGCCUUAGAAGCCAACCUGGAUUAUGCUUCACAAUUUGACCAAGAAAAGCAUGUUCAUGAACAGAAGGUAGCUGAUCAGAAGAAACUCUUUCCUCAAGCGUAUCAGGAUCCUUAUCAGCUUGCACUCCGCUACAUGGAAAAGCACAACAUUCUACAAAUAUUCCAGAUCACUGAAAACUUAAUUUAUGAAAAGCCAGAAGACCCCUUGAGUUUUAUACUGCAUCAGGUAUGA